AUGAUUGGAAAUCCAGGAGAAGAUAAACCGAUUGACAAGAAAUUUCUUGGUGAAUUCGAAACUAAAGACAGUACUUCCAUAGCGGAAGCUAUAAAACGUGCAUGCACAAUUGGAGGCGACUGUGGUAAAAAGCCGGAGCAAUUAUUGGAGCGGUGCAAAGAAAACAAGAAAACUGAUUGCGACACAUUGAUUCGAGAGGGUGUGGAAAAAUUUUGUAAAGAUAAUUCCAGUGCCAGCGCGUGUUGGUGGCUUACUACCACUACCACUACAUCCAGUCAUCUUCCUUUCAUCAUAGGAGGUGCUGUCGCAGCUGUGGUUCUCCUUGCUGUUGGUAUCGCUCUUUUCAUUUAUUGUCGUAAGAAGAAGAAGAAGUCAGUUGGCAAAGGACAGUCAGUGACGGGAGCAACUAAUGGAAGUAAGACUGCAACUGGAGCAACUAACACCGGAACUCCUACCAUAGAAGCGCCACCUGCUACUCAAACGGGUUCUAGAUAUUGA